CGUCUGCCCGGCUCUUCGCUCUGCCCAGGCACCUCCGUGAUGACCGUGAACGCCACGGAUGCGGACGACGCGGUGAACACCGACAACGGCAUCGUCAGCUACUCCAUCGUCAGCCAGCAGCCGCCCAGCCCGCACCCCCAGAUGUUCACCAUUGACCCGGCCAAGGGCAUCAUCAGCGUGCUGGGCACGGGGCUGGACCGGGAGACCACUCCCAACUACACGCUGAUUGUCCAGGCCACGGACCAGGAGGGCAAAGGUCUGUCCAACACCGCCACGGCCGUCAUUGAGGUCACGGAUGCCAACGACAACAUUCCCAUCUUCAAACCUACCAUGUACGAGGGGGUGGUGGAAGAGAACAAGCCAGGUAUAGAGGUGGCCAGGCUGACCGUGACGGACCAAGACGCACCAGGCUCCCCAGCCUGGCAAGCUGUUUACCACAUCAAGAGUGGAGACCAGGAUGGUGCCUUUAGCAUUACCACUGACCCCAGCACCAACAAUGGCAUCUUGAGGACAGCCAAGGGCCUGGAUUACGAGACCAAGAACCGCUAUGACCUGGUGGUGACGGUGGAGAACAAAGUGCCCCUGUCCGUGCCCAUCACACUGUCUACCGCCAGUGUCCUGGUGUCCGUCUUGGAUGUGAAUGAGCCCCCUGUCUUUGUGCCCCCUAUCAAGAGGGUGGGGGUAUCAGAGGACCUACCAGUGGGGCACGAGGUUACAUCCUACACAGCCCAAGACCCUGACAAGGACGUGAGGCAGAAAAUCACGUACCGCAUGGGCAGCGACCCGGCAGGCUGGCUGGCCAUUGACCAUGAGAACGGCAUCGUCACAGCUGCCCAGCCACUGGACCGCGAGUCGGUGCACGCCAUCAACAGUACAUACAAGGCUAUCAUCCUGGCUGUGGACAAUGGGAUACCGGAUGCCACCGGUACGGGGACGCUGCUGCUGCUCCUCCAGGAUGUGAAUGACAACGGGCCCACCCCAGAGCCCCGGUCGUUUGAGAUCUGCAGCCGGCAGCCAGAGCAGCAGAUGCUGAGCAUUGUUGACAAGGACCUGCCCCCACAUACCUACCCCUUCAAGGCAGCACUGGAGCAUGGUUCCAGCAACAACUGGACUGUUGCGAUAAAGGGCCAAGAUGAGCUGGCCCUGAACCUGAAAAAGGAGUUGGAACCGGGUGAGUACAACAUCUUCCUGAAGCUGACGGACAGCCAGGGCAAGGCACAAGUGACACAGGUCAAAGCCCAGGUGUGUGAGUGUGAAGGGACAGCCAAGAACUGCGAGCGGAGGUCGUAUAUCGUCGGUGGGCUGGGUGUCCCCGCCAUCCUGGGCAUCCUGGGGGGCAUCCUGGCCCUGCUGAUUCUGCUGCUGCUGCUGCUGCUCUUUGCUCGGCGACGCAAAGUGGAGAAAGAGCCGCUGCUGCCACCUGAGGAUGACAUGCGGGACAAUGUCUACAACUACGAUGAGGAGGGCGGCGGCGAGGAGGACCAGGACUAUGACCUGAGCCAGCUGCACCGCGGCCUGGACGCCCGCCCCGAGGUGAUCCGCAAUGAUGUGGCCCCCCCGCUGAUGGCCGCCCCCCAGUACCGGCCCCGGCCCGCCAACCCCGAUGAGAUCGGAAACUUCAUCGACGAGAACCUGAAGGCGGCCGACACGGACCCCACGGCCCCCCCCUACGACUCGCUGCUGGUGUUCGACUACGAGGGCGGUGGCUCGGAGGCCACCUCGCUCAGCUCCCUCAACUCCUCCGCCUCCGACCAGGACCAGGACUACGACUACCUCAACGAGUGGGGCAACCGCUUCAAGAAGCUGGCGGAGCUCUAUGGCGGCGGGGAGGAUGAUGAAUAG